AUGCCGCCCAAGAAGCGCAAGGCUUCCACCGCGCCCGCAGCCUCAUCCGCAUCUAGCACGUCCGCAAAGAAAGCCCGCAUCGACGGCACCUCCAACAUUCCUGACCCGAUCCCAGCACCGAAUCGGUCGCUUACCGGUCGUCCAAAGAGAACUUCGGUCAGUGAGCCAGUGUACCGUCUCGCCAAUCGCCCCUCAUCGACCACCGCGGCGCAGAAUGAUAACGCUCCUCCGUCGGCGGAAGUUCCCGUGAAGAGGCGUGGUAGACCUGCCAAGACAACGACCACACAUCCGACGACUGUCUCUCCUGCUCCUGCUUCCAAGAAAGGGACUCUCGAGAAUUAUGGCGCCGCUUCCACGACUGCGACUCCCGCGACUGUCACCGCCAAUCCAAGAGCGCGUUCAGUGAUCCGCCAAAAGACAGCUAGUGUGCCUGCAGCAAAGCGAGGCAGAAAGCCCAAAGCCUCUGCGUCCGUCCAUACCGGCCCGGCCCGACCUAUAUCCGACUCUGAAGACGUUUCGACCACGGCGGUGAAUGAAAACGCUCGGAAGGCAAACGUGGAGGACAUGGAAAUCCUUGACCACGGUAUUCAAUACUGGCUGAUGAAGGCUGAACCCGAAUCACGCAUCGAGAAAGGUCACGACGUCAAGUUCUCCAUUGACGAUCUUGCGGCCAGGUCUGAACCUGAGGGGUGGGAUGGUGUUCGUAACCCCGUUGCGCGCAACAACAUGCGGGCCAUGCGUAAAGGCGACCUGGCAUUCUUCUACCAUUCCAACUGUGCAGUCCCCGGUGUCGCGGGCAUCAUGCGCAUCGUGGCAGAGCACAGCGUCGAUGAAUCCGCAUUCGAUCCGGACCAUCCGUACUACGACCCCAAAUCCGAUCGCGAGAAACCGAAAUGGGAACUCGUCCACGUGGAAUUUGUCAAGAGAUUUGACAAUUUUGUCACGCUUAAGGAAUUGAAGUCGUUCGCGAAGACGGGUGGUGCGUUGGAGAAUAUGCAGAUGCUCAAGCAGUCUCGAUUGAGUGUCUCGUCGGUCCGGCCCGAGGAAUGGAGAUUUAUUCUCAAUCUCGCCGGGGAGCCGACCUCGUUGGGUCGCGGUGCUGGAAAAGAUAGACAGGAGUCUGGUGUUGAUGGCGGGGAAUAUGAUACGACGGGAACUGGCGAUGGAGAUGUCGAUGGAAAUAGUGAUGCAGUCAAUGGACUUGCAGGUGGUGUCGGUCUUGGUAUCACGGGUGCAGAUGCCACUGGAACUUCUGAAAUGAACUUUAAAGCUCAUCGCCAAUGGAAACGGCCAUGA